ACGGUUGCAGCGCUGCCCUACUAAUUGUCGAAUUCCAAUUCAUGUUUUUUUUUGCGGAGUAAAUUAAGUUAAUAUUCAGAGAAAAUGUGCGACUACAAGAUUUCGGAGCGGGCCUAUACCAAGCUGAUAUUCCACGCGGCCAAGUAUCCACACCAGGCGGUCAACGGACUGCUGCUGGCCGAGAAGACCUCGAAGGGCUCCCUGGUGGAAAUCGUGGAUGCGAUUCCCCUUUUCCACCAGUGCCUCCAUGUCACCCCCAUGGCGGAGGUGGCCCUCAUGCAGAUUGAUGCGUACGCCGAACGCGAGGGACUGGUGAUCGGCGGCUACUACACUGCGCCGGAGAACUUCUACGACAAUCAGGUGGACAAGACGCCGGCCGCCAAGAUUGCGGACAAGAUCCAGGAGAACUUCAAGAACGCCUGCUUUGCGGUGGUGGACAACAAGCUGAUGACGCUGCAGCACGAUCGUGCCGCCGUGCAGGUCUACAGCUGCGCCGGGGACUCCGGAUCCCGGUGGACGAAGGCCAAGUACACGCUGUCGCAGUCGUCGCAAACCUUGGAGGGCGUAUCGCUGCUGUUGAAGCGCGGAGCCAUGCGCGAUUUGGUGGACUUUGAUAACCAUCUGGACAACCCGGAGAACGACUGGACCAACGACUUCCUGAACCAGUCGCUCAACGACCUGCAGAAACUGUACUAGUCGCCCGUUUUUAACGUACGUUUGUUUUAGUCUAGCAAAUUCGCAUUCGAGGGAACACGCCGGAAUUUCAACCUUGCAAUUUAAUUUAUUGUAAUUACAUUUGGAUUUCAGUAAUCUUUAGAAUAAUGCAUAUAAGUUAAAUAACAUUCAACUAAUUAAUAAAUAAUCAAUUCUUUCAUCAUGUA